GCUCCCCGGGCUUUGGGAGUCCGGGGGCGGCCUGUGGCGUGCGGAGCCCGCGCCGGACUGCGCCUCCUUGGACCUUGAGGAGAAACAUGCGUUUGGCUUGGAUCGUUUUAAAUUCUUAGUUUGGGAUCCCCGCCCGCCUGCCUCUUCCGCCCCGCAGGUUUUCUUCUUGCCUUUUUUUUCCUUCCCCCUUUUCCCCUCACCGUCUCCUUUUUGACUCCCGGCUCCUUUAUGCUGGCCCAAUCCUCCCCCAGCUGCUGAGAAGUAAGGGAGGGUCUCGGCCUCCAGGUUCCCGCUCCGUCGGGACCCGGGCGAGGAUGGGGGGCAAGCAGAGUACGGCAGCCCGCUCCCGGGGCCCCUUUCCUGGGGUCUCCACCGAUGACAGCGCGGUACCCCCGCCUGGAGGGGCGCCCCACUUUGGGCACUACCGGGCGGGCGGCGGGGCCAUGGGGCUGCGCAGCCGCUCGGUCAGCUCGGUGGCAGGCAUGGGUAUGGACCCCAGCACAGCCGGAGGGGUGCCCUUUGGCCUCUACACCGCCGCCUCCCGGGGGACCGGCGACUCAGAGAGGGCGCCCGGCAGCGGAGGGUCUGCGUCCGACUCCACCUAUGCCCAUGGCAAUGGUUACCAGGAGACAAGCGGCGGUCACCAUAGAGACGGGAUGCUGUACCUGGGCUCCCGAGCCUCGCUGGCGGAUGCUCUACCUCUGCACAUCGCACCCAGGUGGUUCAGUUCGCACAGUGGUUUUAAGUGCCCCAUUUGCUCCAAGUCCGUGGCUUCCGACGAGAUGGAAAUGCACUUUAUAAUGUGUCUGAGCAAACCACGCCUCUCCUACAAUGAUGACGUGCUGACUAAAGAUGCUGGAGAGUGUGUGAUCUGCCUGGAGGAGCUUCUUCAGGGAGACACGAUAGCCAGACUGCCCUGCCUGUGCAUUUAUCACAAAAGUUGCAUAGAUUCGUGGUUUGAAGUGAACAGAUCUUGUCCAGAACACCCCACAGACUGACCCUGCCGGGCGUGCUCGCUGACUUCUCUCAAAGAGACAGACAGGCCCUGUUCUGAGAGAGGCGGCUCAUCAGACAUUGAAGCAGAGCUGAGCUUGGGACACCAGUGGGGACAGGGCACCCCUCAUGCACUGACUUCCAGAGAAUGGCUCUCCCUUUCUCCCCAAGGACACCCCCAUUGAAGAGAGCGAGUUUGCGAGAAGAAAGCACCAACCAUCACCCUUCCCCUGGCCCCUCAUCCCAGGAGGGAAAGGGCACUUUUCUUUUUCACCUUUGAAAGGCAUUGUGGGUCUGUCUUUAAAGUGUUUACAAAAAAAAAA